AUGGAAAGCCCACCCGACCAAAAGUCCGAGGUUAUGCACAAGGAGGAGGAGGCCCAGAUUUCCUCUAAGCAUCAGGGGAUCACGGGCGUGGAUGACGAGUCAGCGCAGGUUGUCAAGAAUGAUGAUUCUGACGGACAUGUCAACUGGACCUGGAAGCAGAUCAUAGCCACGGUCUCUUUGUGCGGUGUCUAUGUCGGGAGUUUGACUUACAUUGCUGCGGACCUGGGGUCUGCCUCGGCCGGCUGGAUCCCUGUGGCCAACUCGCUCGCUCUAGCCGCCGUGUGCCCCUUCUGUGGCUACCUGCAGGACAUGUUCGGGAAGCGCAACAUUUCGAUUCUGGGAUCAUCUCUCAUCCUAUUGGGUGUGAUCCUCACAGCAACGACUAAAUCGUUUGCACAAGCAGUCGCGGGGAUGACCCUGGCCGGCGGUGGUGCUGCCAUAGGCGAGCUCACAGCACUUGCUGGUGUUGCAGAGCUCGUGCCGGUCAAGAAGCGUGGCAUCUACCUGGCCUGCGUCACCUUCUUCAUCGCACCGUUCUUCCCAUACGUCCUGUACUCCCAGCUGCUCUCUGCGCAUGCCACCUGGAAAUGGGGAAUGUGGAUCACUCUUAUAUACAACGGAAUCUUCUUUGUGGGAGUCCUGUUAUUCUACUUCCCGGAUUCUCGCAUUCUGAGGAAGGGCAGACUGAGCCGGUUGGAAAUUGCGAAAAGGAUCGACUACAUUGGAGCUUUUCUCUCAAUCACGGGAAUUAUCCUCUUCCUCGUGGCGCUUCAGUCCGGGGGGUCGUCCCGCCCUUGGGUGAGUGCAUACGUGUUAUGUAUGCUGUUCAUUGGCGCCGCUUUGAUCGCGGCGUUCGUGGUCUGGGAGUGGAAAGGGGCCAAAUACCCAAUGGUCCCUCGAGAUUUGUUCGCGGGCCAGCGCGUCGUCGCCAUCGCACUGGCUGUGGCGUUCGUGUCUGGAAUGAAUUUCUACUCCAUGAUCAACUUUGCACCUCUCACAUACUCCACGGUCUUUGAUCCCGAUCCCAUCCAAGUCGGAGUCAAAGGCCUUGGGUACUCGAUUGCCAUCACCGUGGGCGCCAGUGUGAUGAAUGCGGCACUCACCAUCCUCAAGGGCCACAACCGUGAGAUUCUGCUGGUCUCGUGCGUUCUCAUGACCGCCUUCACCGGAAGCAUGGCCGCCGUCAAGCCCGACAACCCAGGACUCGCUGUGGCGCUGGCAACUGUCGCGGGCUUCGGGAUUGGAGGAGUGAUCGUGCCCUCGGCGACCAUUGCCAUGACGGCCUGCCCUGACUCCCUGAUCGCAACGGCAACGGCCCUGACACUCACGAUCAGAUUUGUCGGCGGCUCGAUCGGCUAUUCCAUCUACUACAACGUCUUCACGGAGAAACUGACAUCCAAACUCCCGACGACGGUCGGUGCAUAUGCGGUUCAGGCUGGCCUCCCCGAGUCGUCGGUCGCCGAGUUCGUCGCCAGUUUUCUCACGGCCCCGGCAACCGCCGCCAACGUCACAGGUGUCACCCCCGCGAUUCUCCAGGCGGCGACGGUUGGCAGCCGCUGGGGAUACGCAGAUGCGCUCAGGUAUGUCUGGUAUGUCAGUAUCCCAUUUGGGGUCUUGUCCGUCGUCGGAUGCUUCUUGAUUGGGGACAUCUCAAGGUUCAUGACGAACCGGAUUGCGGUGCAGAUCAAGCACUAG